AUUGGCCAAACUUUUUCGGCCCAUUACACUCUAUAAAAACCCUAAGCCCACAUGGCCUAUAUAAAUCCAUCAUCUUCCCCAAACCCUAGUCUUUACAAACCUCUCAGCCUCCCUCACUCGAACGAUUUUCGAAGGCUCUUCAAACAUCGUUCCAGAUAUUUGCACUGCUGUGUGAUUACCCAAGAAAUUAGCCAAGAUGCAGAACGAUGAGGGAGAGAUUAUGGAUCUUUACAUCCCCAGGAAAUGUUCGGCCACUAACAGGCUGAUCACUGCUAAGGACCAUGCCUCGGUCCAAAUCAACAUCGGUCACUUGGAUGACAGGGGUGUCUACAACGGGGCUGCAACCACCUUUGCUCUCUCGGGUUUUGUCCGUGCUCAGGGUGAUGCUGACAGUGCUGUUGAUCGUCUGUGGCAGAAGCAGAGGUCUCAAUGUGGACAGUAGUCAGUAGGGAAAGUUCAGAGGAGAGUUCAAUGUUGAAGAACUGUUUUUUUUUUUUUUUUUGUGUUUAUUUUGAAGUUUAGAUUUUGUUUUGCGGUGAACGUUAUGAAUUUUAUUACAUAACAUCAGUUUAUUUGGUAAAA